AUGAGUAGCCCGCGCCGAAGAAUCGAGACUGAUUGUAAGUUACUGACCUUGGCUUUGCGCGCUUUUCAAGCCGACGAAUUCUUUCUUACCAGAACGACAAACAGGCAAGAGUUCUUUGUCCGUUUCAAGGGCCCGGCCGAGACUCCUUUUGAAGGCGGUCUCUGGAAAGUGCACGUCGAGUUGCCCGAUACCUAUCCGUAUAAGUCACCUAGCAUCGGCUUCGUCAACCGCAUCUUCCACCCCAACAUCGAUGAGCUGUCCGGAUCCGUUUGCUUGGACGUAAUCAACCAAACAUGGUCACCGAUGUUCGACAUGAUCAACAUUUUCGAGGUCUUCCUCCCACAGCUUCUACGCUACCCGAACCCGACCGAUCCCCUCAACGGAGAGGCAGCCGCCUUGUUGAUACGAGAGCCCAAAAGUUACGACGCCAAGGUCAAGGAGUAUGUACAAAAGUACGCAACGAAAGACGCGGCCGACGAAGCCGGGGCCGAAACCGAAGACGAGGACGGCAUGUCUUCAGUCGCUAGCUUUGACGAUGAGGACGAAGAACCAGCAGGGCAGAUGGACGAUGUAUAA